CCUCCUCCCAUUCGUUGCGCAUUUUCUACACCCUGGUCAUGGGCUCCAGCCAGGAUGUGCCCCACUACAUUGUGGUGGGAUAUGUGGAUGACCAGCUGGCUGCACAUUUUGACACCCCCACAAGAAGAUUCUUGCCCCAAAUGGCCUGGCUUCAUAAAAUGGAGGACGAGGAGGACUCCCAUUUCUGGGAUCACUCAUCACGGAGAGUGAGCAUCACCGAGAGAGGGUUCAAAACUGACCUUGCCAUCUUGCGCAGCCACCACAACUCCAGCAGAGGAAUUCACAGCUGGCAGCGCGUGAUCGGCUGCGAUCUGAGCAAAGAUGGCCACAAGAGCGGAGUUUACCAGUAUGGCUAUGACGGGGAAGACUUCAUCAGCCUGGAUCAGAAGACCCUCACCUGGACCGCUGUCGACAUCCGCGCUCAGGUGAUCAAGAGAAGGUGGGAAGCUGAACCUUUCCUCACCCAGAGCAGGAAUACCUUUUUGGAACAGGAAUGUAUCAGGCUGCUUCAGAAGUGCAUGAUGUAUGGAAAGGAAUCUCUGCUGAGGAUAGAGCCCCCAGUGGUGAAAGUAACUCGCAGGACCCAGUACAACGGCCUGGAGACGCUCGUCUGCACAGUCUACGGCUUUUAUCCCAAAGAGAUGGAUGCUACCUGGAGGAAAAAUGGGGAAGUCUGGGAACAGGACACCUUCCGGGGUGGUGUUCUUCCAAACUCAGAUGGGACCUACCACGCCUGGCUGAGCAUUGAGGUUGACCCGAAGGAGAGGGACCGCUAUCGGUGCUACGUGGAUCAUGCCGGGUUUCCGGAACCUCUGAUUGUGGCCUGGGAGGAGCCUGACUUUGUGCCCAACAUGGGGCUCGUGGGCGGAGUUGUGGGGGUCAUGGUGACCACAGUCUGCAUUGCUGCUGGAGUGAUUGUCUACAUCAAAAAAUGUGGCAGAAACGCGUACAGACCGGCAUCAGCCAGCAUAUAGGAUUUUGAAAGUCCUCCAGUGAAGAUUUUGUUAUAGAGUGGAAAAGGCAGAAGAUCUACUGGCUUCGAGGGCUGAUUUGCAAUGGAAGAAAGAAAAAAAGAAAAAAGAACGGAAGCAUGGACUGGAUGGGCUAUGGAAGAAUUUUUUGAUGAUAAUCUUAUACGAACGUUUUGAAAGUUUUAUAUUUUUAAAAUUAGUUGAUUUGGAAUUGAUUUUUUGGAUAUAUAUUAUUUGAAUUAAUAAGAGACCAGAUGGUUAUACUAUUAAAAUCUAUUGUAAUAAAAAGAAAAAAUAGAAAGAAAAUUUUACUUAAAAGAUAUGUAUUUGAGAUCAAAAAGAGUUUAAAUGAUUAAUGACAUAUAAUUGUAUUAUUCUAAAGGAUUUAUAUUGUUUUAGAGGAAUUUAAAGAUGGUUUUUAAUGGAUUUUUAGACAUUUGGAUGAUUAAUACUAGAUAUGUACUUGAGAUUAAAAAAAGAGUUUAAAUGAUUAAUGAUAGAUAAUUGUAUUAUUCUAAAGGACUUAUAUUGUUUUAGAGGAAGUUAAAGAUGGUUUUUAAUGGGUUUUCAAGAUAUUUGAAUGACUAAUAGCAGUAUGAUUAGUAGCUAACUUUUUAUUUUUUGCAGAAAUGGCAAAGUUUAAUUUUUAGAUAUUUGGAUUUGGGGAAGAUGGAUAAUUAUAUUUUGAGUUUUGGAGUUAAAAUAAAUUAAUAUUGGUAUGUAUUAUAAUUGGAUUGUUUUACUUAGAUGGGGGUUGUUUAUUUACUCCUGUAUU